UUGUUCUCGCGCACGCCAUCUUGAAUUUCACGUGGAACUUACUAUAAAGUUGAUUACGGUAUACAAAAAUGUCUUUAUAUGACGAUCUGGAUGGUGUUCCUUUGCAAACGCCUUCGUCCAAUGAAAGUGGUGAGCUUUCUGGUUGGUCUUCAAGCUUAAAGCUAAUGCAAACACAACUCCAGCGAAAGAGAGUAGUUCAAAACAAACCAGCCUUUUCUGGACAAAAAUCAACUGUUAUCAACUCGGUAAUUUUGGAUCGUGGGUUAAAAAGAACCAAUGACGAUCAAGAAGACUCCCGCCAAACAGCUAAUAAUGAACCAACUACAAGGAAUCAGCUGCAAAGUACUGAGAAGAGCUCGGAGCCKUUUAUUGAAACAGAAGCUUCUGUUACAGUAGUUGUUGAUGAGUAUGAUCCACUACGACCCAAUGAGUAUGAAGUUAUCAAAGAAAAACAUCGUGAAGUGCGAGAUAGAGAAAAAAGAGAGACAAGAGAAAGAGAAAGGAGUUCCCGAGAUGGUGAAAGAGAGCGUGAUAGAGAUAACCAUAGAGACAGAGAUUAUGACAGAGAUAGAAAUAAAGAUUAUGAUUCAAGGGACUGUGACAGAGAUAGAGACAGAGAUAGACGUAGAGACAGACACAGAAACAACGAAAGUGAUGAAGAUACUAGCUACUCCAGGCGGUCAUCUAAAAGAACUAGUGGAGCAGCCAUUGCACCUCCUACUUUUCUCAUGGAGGAAUCUGUUCCUGACCCAGUUGAAGAASAUGAACCUCUAGAGCCUGUAUUUGAAAGAAAGCCAUUUGCAUCAAUAUCUGACCMAGAGAAGCCAAAUGUUGGCUUUAACAGCCCGAUUGCUUCACAGAUCAUGGCAAAGUAUGGCUGGAAGGAUGGACAGGGGCUUGGAAAACARGAGCAGGGUAUCAAUACUUGUCUUCAAGUUGAAAAGACAAGUAAAAGGGGUGGAAAAAUUAUUAAUAAGGACAAAGAAGCUAAAGCUCAAAGCAUUGAACAAGAUUCUCUUGUAUCCACAAUGAAAAACCCUAGUAAGGUUGUUUUACUUCGCAACAUGGUUGGUCCUGGUGAAGUGGAUGAUGAACUCCAACCGGAAACAGCUGAAGAGUGUGCCAAGUAUGGUGAAGUUGCAAAAGUUAUAAUCUAYGAAAUCCCAGMGGGGGUCGCAGAGGAAGAAGCAGUGAGAAUUUUUGUUGAAUUCCAAAGGGUAGAAUCUGCUAUCAAAGCUGUUGUUGAUUUAAAUGGACGGUAUUUUGGAGGACGUACUGUUAAGGCUUCCUUUUAUAAUUUGGACAGAUUUAGAAGAUAUGACUURCAUAUGGAUGAAUAACUUUAACUUGACUUGACCAUUAGCAAUGUAGCACUUCACCAACAUCAGUUAAAGCAGAAUAGGAUUAGAAAAGAAAAUGUAAAAUUUCAAGAUAUCAAAUUUCAAGAUAUCCUGACAUAGGACAAAUUCAAUUGAUAUUUUUGUGCUUGUAAAGUGUAAGUGGUUAUUAUGACUUCUUGAGAUGCAAUAGUUGUUCCAAGAAGUUUUAACUUAAAAACACAAACAUUAAAUCAUGUUUAUAACCAGAUCCACCUCACUGUCUGUCGGUAGGGCUGUUCAUGUUGUGAUUUUAAGCUGCACAAUUAGUUAAUUAAAUUGCUAAGCAAAGCCAGAACUAGAA